UACGUAUUGUGGCUUGCGCACCAGAAAAGAAGUGCCAACCAAAUGUGGGCUUGAAUACCCGUAUUAGCUCUAACCAUGUUGUGACUAGUUCACCGCCUUCUAUUUCCAUCUGAUUCUUUGCCCACCGCCCUAGCAAUUCAGCUUUAUGCCGGCAGAAGUCCCAGUUGCCAAUUUACGUCUCCAUAAGGCGGCGUUCUCGAUCCGCCUGUCCAUAAUUGAUGUCAUCUCUCUCGACUUCGACCUGCCUAAUAUCCCAAAUCUUCCCAUCCCUUGUCGUCCUUCUUCUUCCCUCGACGCAUACCCACCUAUCUGUCCACCUACCUAGCCUCUCAGCCCCCAAGAUCAUACAUACAUACCUAGGUAGGGUGAUGAUCUAGGGGAGAGUGACCCCUUCUUUCAUCAGAAUCACCAUUCUCAACUUCCCAACGAGCAUCCGCCAUUGCCCGUCACAGGUCAAGAAUGGCAACCCAUACUGCUAUGGCUCAAGGCAGCAAUGCCUCGAUGCGAAGCUCCCUCGAACGAGGCAUUGGCAUUCUCCAUUACGUCUCGCAGAAACAGCAUGACUGGCACGGUCAGAUUCGUACUAGGUUCACCGAUUUCCAGGUGCACGAGAUCAGCAAGGAUGGCGAAGUAAUUCAUCUUCAUGAUUUCCAGACGAAUGCAAGGGACACAACAGGUGCGCCGCCAGCGAGACCUCUAGUAGUCCAGCCGUCUCAAUCCAGAGCGGUUCCAACGACAGAAGCUGAUAGCAUCGGUGCCACCGCCGCAAAUACCCCAGAGAUCCAGCCCCCAAUCAAUUCAGAGCAGCCAGGAGAUGAAAACACCACCGCUGUAUCUACAGCUGACCAGGCUAUUCUCACAGACCUUCUGGGACAAGGCCCUGCAGAAGAGCUGAUUAAUCUACACAGUAACGUCAGCAAGGACCCGAAGUCAGAUCCCAGCUCUGUGAUAAUUGCCUCAAUUUCCGAUAAGGCCCAAAGGUCCCGUGUUCAUUUGGAAAUCCGCCGCAUAUUUGAUGGCAAAAUCGAGACUAUCACCGAUGGCGAUGGCUCUAUUAAGGCAACUGCCGUCGGUAGAAGCAGCAAAGGAUGGCACAAUCGGUCGAGAAACGGCAGGGCUAGAAAUGGGCAACAUAAUCCUGGUCAAGAUCGCGAGGCCAAAUUCUUGCAUUUCACUCUCUACAAAGAAAAUAGAGACACCAUCGAGGCCAUCAGUUAUAUAGCUCGUGCCCUGAAACUCAACCCUUCUUUCUUCGGCACUGCUGGCACCAAAGACCGCCGCGCCGUGACCACUCAGCGAGUCAGUAUGCGGAGGCAAAACCCUCAGACACUGGUCUUCCUGAAUAACAACCGGACUUCUGGAGUGAAGAUCGGCGAUUUCAAGUUCGAGAACUACCCGAUUGGCCUUGGACACCACGGCGGGAACGAGUUCGUGAUCGUCGUCAAAAACUGCCACUUCAGCGGCACCAAAGACCUAACUUUCGACCAAACACUCGAUAUCGCGAAAUCCACCGUGAACUCGGCGCUAGAACAGGUUGUCAAGAAUGGGUUUAUUAACUAUUAUGGCACCCAACGGUUUGGAACACACCAAAUCGGGACACAGGAAGUUGGAAUGAAGAUUCUCAAAGAAGACUUUGAAGGCGCCGUGCGAGCUCUGCUGUCCUUCAAUCCGGAUUUACUAAACAGCCCUAACCCGAGCUCCCUGCCGUUCGCCGCCAGAGAGGAUGCUGCCCGCGCACGAGCUUGCUCAAUCUUUCUCAGUACAAGUGACGCUCAGGAAGCGCUCAAGUGUCUGCCUAGACGAUGCCACGCCGAAUCUUCACUGAUACGCCACCUAGGUAAACAGCCUAAGGAUUACAUUGGCGCGCUUUUAUCAAUCAACCGAAGCAUGCGUACAAUGUACGUCCACGCAUACCAGUCUCUAGUAUGGAAUUUCGCCGCAAGUGAGCGCUGGGCGCGCUUUGGCUCUAAAGUGAUUAAGGGAGACCUGGUCCUCGUUGAGUCUGACAUUUCCACCCCGCUGGAUAACCCUCAGAGUGGAAACGACGACGAGGAAGAGAGAAUUCAUCUCGCUGAGAUAGAGCCUCGCAUCGAGGACAUGCCAGGGCUCAAAGUGCACGCAUUGACGGAGGAAGAAGCCAAUGGCGGGAGGUACUCCAUCUUUGAUAUCGUCUUGCCCUCCCCUGGCUGGGAUGUCGUCUACCCCGACAAUGAAAUCAGCAAAUUCUACGUGGACUUUAUGGCCAAGGAGGAAAACGGCGGGCUGGACCCUCACGAUAUGCUCCGUCGGCAGAGAGACUUUAGCUUGCCUGGAUCGUACCGCAAGUUAAUGGGCAAGUUUAUUGGCGUCCCUAGCGCCUCUAUUCAAGCCUACUCAGACGAUACGGAACAGCUAGUCCCGACGGAUCUAGAUCUUAUACAGUCCCGUAAGGCUAAGGAGGCAACUGCGCACAACGCAGCCCAACGAGCGGCGAUUCCGGCGCUGUCUGCUUGGCACGACUUUGCUGAGAAUGCCCAGGAGCGCGAUCGUCGAGAGUACCAGUCUAGGGUUGAAAGACGAAAAGCUGAAGGGUCCUCGGAAGCGCCCGAGAUUCGCGUGAGAGAUACCUGGAUACAGACAUCGUUAGACGGAAGCAACAAACGAGUCAAAGUCUCCCAACACACCGACGAUUUAAAAGAAAACGACAAUGCCGCCCCCCCGACCCUCGGAACUGAAAUGCAAAUUGAUACCUCCCCCCGACACGAAGAGAGCAGUACCCGAAAGAAAAUGAAUGAUCAGUCGGGCACAACUGGCGGGACACCUCCAAUGAGCCAGGGUCCUAGAGAGUCCGGCCCCUCCGUUGUGGCUACGCUGACAGCACAGACCGGCGAAGAGGGGGCGGUCUCCCCCGAGAAACGACCCGAAGGACGGACAUCGAAAGCUGCUAUGGUAGAGGCCGGGGACGACUACACCGAGAACGAAACAGAGCAGCCGACUGACAAUAACACCACUUGCGUGCUUAAUAAGGCUAAGUCAAACAAUGCAACUAGCGGAAUCGAACUCGCAACGGACUCGGAAAAACCAGCUGAUGCCACUGCCAGCGUGCAGUCAGCAGCUCAGAUAAUAGAGCCACCCGCUACAGUUGUUGCUGCGAAGAAAAUCGCAGUUAUUCUCCGAUUCGCCUUGGACACGAGUCAAUACGCCACUAUCGUCCUUCGAGAAAUUCAGGGAGCGUACCCCACGAGCGAAGGCACAGCUACUUCGCAUUAUUCGUCACCUUCUGCCAAUGGGGAUCUAGCCAAUUCCUCGUAGCGGGAGAAGCGGGCUCGGUAGCUCCUUAUCGGCUGCCUCCUAUUCAUCCCCCAGGUUCUUAUUUUCCUACAUCUUGAACGUAUUCUACCCAUAACUCCAUCUAAGCUCCGCAGCCAAUACACGUUGCCCUCUAACCGUAAUGAACAGUCGAUCGGGGCUGUGGAUCUAGUCGACACGAGGAAACGUACGUACUACUCACCCUUCAUAGCAUUCGGGAGCCAACGUACAUUUUGCGAGUGUUAGUGGAAGCCUCGGUGAUACCGCUAUGAGCCACGGAGAAUCCCAGCAACACGUGUUCCCGAAAGACGCUUGACAAAGUCACGUCUUACUAUUUCAUCCAGCGAAGCUUCUAAAGCUUCAUAAGAAGAUACCUGAUCAUGGAAUUGCGGGGGAUAUACCCAAUGUCGCUAUUGAGCGAGUGUAACUCACCCUAGAGGUAGCAAGAGAUGGCCGUAUGGUAACGUAGCUAAAAUUUUGCGUUUCUAGUGACCUCAAUAUUUAAUUUCUUUCUCUUUAAGAAGAGCAUAGCACCUAAGCUAUUAAAUAAACACAGUAA